AUGCCCCCCGCAGCACCAGAGGAUGACCCCAGCGCCCGGCGCAAGCGGUCCGGUAGAAAGUAUACCUCGCGAGCGUGCGAGGAAUGUCGCCGUCGCCGAGCCAAGUGCGAUGGCGUCAGACCAUCCUGCACCCGCUGCCUCGACCGCGGUGUCCGCUGCCAGUAUUCCACCGCCGAGGACGGGCGCCAACCCGCUCCCAAGUCCUAUGUGGUGAUGCUGCGGAACCGGAUCGAGAUGCUGGAGCGGGUGUUAGACGCUCAUGGCAUUGAUGCGGAUGCAUCUGUUGCGCAGAUGAUGGCUGACAUGGAUGUUCCGGAUCCACUCGUUGAUCCUAAUGGUUGUUCGAAGCUGGAUGAUCUGUGUGUCACAUUUGAUGGCGCGUUGACGCUGGAUGAGUCCUUGAACUUUGAUCAGGAUGGCGAAGUGCGGUAUUUUGGCCCAACAAGCGGGCGGUUGUUGUUUUUGUCGGACCCGGAGAAAGAACAUAUCGAGCAAACAGACGCUUCCGGCGCGACAUGUUCCGAAUCAGUGGGCUGCAGACACUUUGUCAAUAUCGAUCACGGUGUCGUUUCAAUACCAGACGAACUCCAAUCCCACUUGCUCGACCUAUUUUUCGAGUGGGAACAGCCGUGGUUCCCGGUGAUCAACGAGAAACUUUUCCGGGAGAGUCUCGCAUGCGGUGGUCGUUACUGCAGUUCGCUCUUAUUGAAUUGCGUCUUGGCAUUGGGCUCACGCUAUUCAGACCGUCUGGAAGUGCGGACCGACCCCAACGACUCCAAUACUGCCGGCAAGAUGUUCAUCGAGGAAGCCGAGCGGUUGAUUCAGCAUGAUCUCAGAUGGCCCAGUAUCACCACCAUCCAGUCACUUACUAUCAUGAACAUGAUGUACGUUGCAAUGGGAUCCGAUGCGGCGGGAUGGCUGCACCAGGGCAUGGCGAUUCGCCUAGCGUUGGAUAUGGGGUUCAACAUGGACCCAGCUGUUCUUGCAGGAACGGUCUCGCUUCCUCCAAUUGAGAUCGAGCUCCGAAGACAAAUCUACUGGGCCUUGUACUGCCAUGAUAAGCUGGCAGCUAGCUACACGGGCCGCGUGUGCACUUUACUGGACUCCCAGGGCGUGGUCAACAAGCCCUCCAUUGAAUGCGCAGGAGACAUCCGUCUUCCCUCUUCGAUCGAUGGCAAAUCCCGAGCCGCCUCGCAGAGAGACGUGACGCAGCUGCAGCGCGCGAUGAUCGAUCUGUGUCAUAUCCUGGAAAGAAUUCUACUCUCGCUAUGGUCGCCCAAGCCCCUCCUCCACCCGCACCAACGCGCCGCAUUCUUCGAGUCGUGCAUCCUCGAUCUGAAAACAUGGUACUAUGACCUCGCCCCAGAACUAAAGAUCGAUCGUCCUUCCGGACAAUCCCAGUUCCCGCACGCUUAUACGCUCUGCAUGGUAUACCACACUGUAUACAUCCUCCUCUGCGGACCCUUCCUAUCCAAACAUCCCCACGUCACAGAAAAGAACCAGAAUCCUUCCCCUCUUCCCCCCUCAAAGACCAAACCCCCGAGAACAUCAUCGCUUGCAAAGCAAGCACAGUCAAAAUACCGCCAGGUCUUCGGCAGCUUCAGACUCAGUCCCAUCACACCCACCCACUCCAUUCUCUCUGCGGCGUUGACUAUCAUCGAUAGCGGAUGCUCUGCAUCUCCGUCUCUGCCGGGAACUGGCACAGGAGACAGUUCUUCCUCCUGCUCUUCCCCGGGUCCGUCGCGCACUACUGCGCUCGCGCUUUGUCUGCAGGUUCUACGGGAGUUGUCGACGUCUUGGAAUAUUGCAAAGCGGAUUGGGAGGAACUUGGAGAAGCUAUAUUGCCAGAAACUGAACUGUGCUGCUGAGCCGGGCUUAGCUGCGCUGACAGAAGGGCACGGUGCCGGCUCUCGGGAUCCAGGCCAGGAUGGCGUCGCGGGUCUUUCUCCUAACACUGACCCUCCAGAGGCAGAUCGCUCUAUGGAUUUGGGGAGUAUGUCGACACAGCCAGCAUCUCUCCUCCUGAACGAUCCCUAUAUCAACUCGUUCACUAUUCCAGCCUAUGAUGGAUUAGUGACCGGAAACAAUGACUAUAACACUGAUUUGCCCAACUCUGGCGACCGUUUCGCCAACAACCUAGGCUUUGCCUUCUCGCCAGACUGUCUCCCGAGCGAUUACAACAUAUUCGACACUCUGAACCAGAUGUAUCUAGAAGAGAUGUGGUAA